CGUUCUAAGUCACCAAGUCAUCUCUCCCUCUCCCCUUCUAUAAAACAGAUCAAAGACUCAAAACAAACCAGAGCAACAACAACCCCAUCAAUGGCACCUCCGGUGAUCCUCCGGAGAUUCGAACUCUCCGACCUCGAUCACUUUUGGGUUUGGGCCUCCGACGAGCGCGUCGCCGCCACCUGCACUUGGGAAGCUUACGAAAGCAAAGACGAUCUCCGGCAGUUCAUGGAGGAGAACGUCCUCACUAACCCAUGGUUCCGCGCGAUUGUCGUCGGCGGCCGGCCGGUCGGCGCGGUGUCGAUAAAAUUUUCUGAGGAGGGUGGCGGUCAGUGCCGCGGCGAGAUAGGGUACGUGUUGGCGAGGGAGUGGUGGGGGAAAGGGGUGGCGACGGCGGCGGCAAGGCUGGCGACGGAGGCUGCGUUGUCGGAAAUAGAAGGAUUGGAGAGAGUUGAGGGAUUGGUGGAGAAGGGGAACAAGGCUUCUCAGAGGGUUUUGGAGAAGGUGGGGUUUCAGAGGGAGGGGGUGCUGAGAAAGUAUUGUUGGAUGAAGGGGGGGAUGAGGGAUAUGGUCAUGUAUGGUUUCAUAAGGGGAGAUAGAUUUCUAAUUUGAAUGAUUUAUUUGUGCAAUACUUUUUGUUAUUUGUUUGUUUGAGAUUGAGGAGAGAAUAUUACAUAUGAAGUCAGGAUGUAUUCGAAUUUUAUGUACAAUAUUAUUGUAUAAUGUUGUACACAUGUUAUCUGUUUGUUUGAGGUUGUCAGGACGCAUCCAGACUUCAUGUACGAUAUUAUUGUAUAUUAUUGCAGAGCAUGUGUACAACAAUAUACAAUAUUGUUGUACAUGAAACUUAGAUGCAUACAA